AUGGCCGACGAGGAGCGUGCCCAAGCGCUCUCAUCGUUCAAGACGAAGCUGCUAGAAUCGAGAGAAUGGGAGGCAAAGCUGAAGAACUUACGGCAGGAUAUCAAGGGCCUGCAGAAGGAUUUCGACCAAACGGAGGACAAUAUCAAGGCGUUACAGAGCGUUGGGCAGAUCAUUGGGGAGGUUCUAAAACAACUUGAUGAUGAGAGAUUCAUCGUCAAAGCUUCAUCCGGCCCUCGAUAUGUCGUCGGGUGCAGAUCCAAGGUGGACAAGGUGGCGCUGAAGCAAGGAACCCGGGUUGCUCUCGACAUGACCACCCUCACAAUAAUGCGGAUGUUACCUCGAGAAGUCGACCCCCUUGUCUACAACAUGUCGCUAGAAGACCCCGGCCAGGUCAGUUUUGGUGGCAUUGGAGGGCUGAAUGAGCAGAUCAGAGAAUUGCGAGAGGUUAUCGAGCUACCGCUGAAGAACCCCGAACUCUUCUUGCGAGUAGGGAUAAAGCCCCCGAAGGGUGUUCUAUUAUACGGUCCCCCCGGGACGGGGAAGACUUUACUGGCGAGAGCGGUUGCCAGUGGCCUAGAGACUAAUUUCUUAAAAGUCGUAUCAUCUGCUAUUGUCGACAAAUAUAUCGGAGAAUCGGCACGUCUAAUUAGAGAGAUGUUCGGGUAUGCCAAGGAGCACGAGCCGUGCAUCAUCUUCAUGGAUGAGAUUGAUGCUAUCGGAGGCCGAAGGUUUUCAGAAGGUACCUCAGCCGAUCGCGAGAUCCAACGGACGUUGAUGGAGCUGCUUAACCAGCUGGAUGGUUUCGAUUACCUGGGAAAGACGAAAAUCAUCAUGGCAACGAAUCGACCGGACACCCUUGACCCGGCGCUUCUGCGAGCUGGGCGUCUUGACCGGAAGAUCGAGAUCCCCUUACCAAACGAAGUCGGCCGGUUAGAGAUCAUGAAGAUCCAUGCUGCCGGUGUUGUUACGGAAGGGGAAAUUGAUUUCGAGACGGUUGUGAAGAUGAGUGAUGGACUUAAUGGGGCUGAUUUAAGAAACGUGGUUACUGAGGCUGGGCUCUUCGCAAUCAAGGACUACCGAGAUGCCGUGAACCAAGAUGAUUUCAACAAGGCGGUCCGGAAGGUGGCCGAAUCGAAAAAGCUGGAGGGCAAGCUUGAAUACCAAAAGCUCUAG